AUGGUGGCAGCGUCCGUGGCCGAGCGGGCCUACGAGGUGGCGACGCGGUCCGCGCUGGUGGCACUGGAGCGCAACCUCAUCCCGGACGCGGUGACCCGGCGCCUGACGCGGCUCCUGCUCGCGCAGCGCCUCCGCCAGGGCUACCUCCCCUCCGCGCCGCUCCAGCUGCAGCAGCUCCUCCAGUUCGUCCGCUCUGUUGAAGAGAUGCCCAUUGCCAUUGAAACAGACAAAACUAAAGCUCAACAUUAUGAGUUGCCAACUGCAUUUUUCAAGUUAGUGCUUGGAAGGAAUCUCAAAUACAGUUCCUGCUACUUCCCUGAUGAUUCAAGCACCCUAGAAGAUGCUGAGGUUGCAAUGAUGGAUCUGUACUGUGAGAGGUCAAAACUACAAGAUGGCCAAACCAUCCUAGAUGUUGGAUGUGGAUGGGGAUCCCUUUCACUGUACAUUGCAAAGAAAUAUAGGAACUGCAGUGUAACAGGGAUAUGCAACUCUACUACACAAAAGGCUUUUAUAGAAGAGCAAUGUAGGAUCAUAUCUAUAGAGAUGUUUGAGCACAUGAAAAACUACAAGUCGCUUCUUAAGAAGAUAUCCAGGUGGAUGAAAGAGGACGGCCUACUAUUUGUUCACUUCUUCUGCCACAAAACAUUUCCAUAUCAUUUUGAGGAUAAAAAUGAUGAUGAUUGGAUCACGAGGUAUUUCUUCAGUGGAGGAACAAUGCCAUCUGCAAACCUACUUCUCUACUUUCAGGAAGAUGUAUCUGUGGUCAAUCAUUGGCUUAUCAGUGGCACGCAUUAUGCGAGAACUAGCGAGGAGUGGCUAAAACGUAUGGACAAGAGUAUCACUUCAAUAAGACCGAUCUUCGAGAAAACUUAUGGGAAGGAAUCAACUACCAAAUGGAUAGCUUAUUGGCGGACGUUCUUCAUCUCGGUAGCUGAACUUUUUGGAUACAACAAUGGAGAUGAAUGGAUGGUCGCACAUUACUUGUUCCAAAAGAAGUAG